GCCUAAUUCGGCCCAUUUACUAAGAAGCCCAUCUGAAAGUUUUUUUUUUUCCUGAAGCAAAAACAAAACAAAUUUGUGCGCAGAUCUAGCAGCGGCGUCUUCGAAUUUUUCGUGGCUACGUUUGACGGUGCCACGAAGAAGAAGAAGACGAAGAUGGAUUAUCAGAACAAGCUUGUUCUUGCUCCCAUGGUUCGUGUGGGAACGCUCUCUUUCAGGAUGUUGGCGGCGGAAUACGGCGCCGAUAUCACAUACGGUGAAGAGAUUAUUGAUCAUAAGCUUGUUAAAUGCGAACGCCGACUCAAUGUUGCUUCUGGGACAUCUGAGUUUGUGGAGAAAGGAACAGAUAAUGUAGUCUUUAGCACAUGUGAUGAAGAAAAAAGUAGGGUUGUUUUUCAGAUGGGAACUUCUGAUGCUGUUAGGGCUCUAAAGGCUUCUGAGAUUGUGUGUAAUGACGUUGCAACUAUUGAUAUUAAUAUGGGUUGCCCCAAGGCAUUCUCUAUCCAAGGUGGAAUGGGUGCUGCUUUGUUAAGUAAACCCGAGCUAAUUCAUGAUAUUUUGGCAACACUUAAGAGGAACUUAGACGUACCGGUUACUUGCAAGAUUCGUCUAUUAAAAUCACCAGCAGAUACUGUUGAAUUGGCUAGGAGAAUCGAGAAACUUGGUGUACCAGCUCUUGCUGUACAUGGGAGGAAAAUUGCAGACAGGCCAAGAGAUCCUGCUAAAUGGGAUGAGAUUGCAGAUGUGGUGGCAGCAUUAUCCAUUCCCGUCAUUGCAAAUGGCGAUGUUUUAGAAUAUGAUGAUUUUUCUCGCAUUAAAACCGCAACAGGUACACAUGAUACACUUAUUGAAUUCAGAUUCAUGAGACUUGCAAAUAUAGCCCUACAACAUUUUUUAUCUGCCAUGUGCUAAUGUUUAUACUUGAUUCACCUCUGAUUUAUAUAACCCUUUACUGUUUGCUGUUUUUUUUGGUUCCCAUAAAGGCGCUGCAUCAGUUAUGGUUGCAAGAGGAGCUAUGUGGAAUGCUUCAAUUUUCUCUCCAAAAGGAAAAUCACACUGGGAAGAUGUGAAAAAGAAAUACCUUAGAAAGAGCAUCUUGUGGAAUAACGAUGUUAAGAGCACGAAAUACACGAUAAAGGAGAUGAUAGCGCAUCAUUCUUGUCUUGAACUACCGGAAGGGAAGUCUAUCAACAAAGCAGACACUUUAGAAGAUUUAGCGUAAGUUAACUUCUUACUUUACCUUGCUUUAUACUAAUAACACAAACUCCAAAUGGGUUUUACUAGAGAACGAAUCUGAUAUAACUUAACUAAAACUGUAAAUCCACUGGGAUCUUAAGAACUAUAGUGGCUCGACCCUCGAGUCUCAACCAAUUUGGUUUGGUUUCAACUUUCAACUUUCAAGUUUAAUAUUGUUGUGUUGUUGGGUGUGAAUAUUUCAGGCGGCUUUACGAUUUAGAAGAUUACUUUUGGACAGUGAAGAACAUUGGUCCACUGACACAUAACUUAAACCAUGUUUUAUGAUACUGAAAGAAAAUGCCAACACUUUGCAUUUUCAUUUAUAUCAUUUUGUAAUCUCUAUUGAUUUUUAUAUAUAGAGGCAUCCCAUUGUUUUUACUCAAAUGAGUAAAUUACUAAAACUAGCCGAUUGGUAAACAAACUGUAGAAUUCUUUAUUGUAGUAUAGAAAUCAAAUUACAAUUUGAUAUUUCAUUUUUUUCAUUUCAAUGACCA